AUGGCAUCCAAUGACGGUAAUCGUAUGCAUGGAAAGAUUCCUUUCUUUGAUGGGUCGAAUUACAACUUCUGGAAAAUCAGGAUGGAGGCUUACCUAAAGUCUCAGGGUUAUGGAGUUUGGUUAGCAGUAAAGAACGGUUACAACCCCCCCACUAUAGAUAUUAUAGAUAAAACAGAGACGAAGAAGUGUGAAGACGAUGCUAAAGCAGUGAAUGCACUUCUAGGCUCUCUAGUGAGCAAUGAGUUUGCAAAAGUAGUCGGAUGCACAACAUCAAAGGAUAUAUGGGACAAGUUAAAGAGUGUUCAUGAGGGAGUUGAUAAAAUCAAAGAGGCAAAGCUACAACACCAUAGGAAUUUAUUUGAAAGUCUAAAAAUGUCUGAGGGAGAGACCAUUGAUCAGUUUAUGAGCAAGGUAAACGAAAUCACCAAUUCUAUUAGAGAGUUAGGAGAAGAGGUAAAUGAUGCAGUGGUGGUGAAGAAAAUAUUGAGAUCUUUACCUGACUUGUACAACCCUAAGGUGUCUGCCAUUGAAGAAUCUAAAGACUUGAACACAAUGAAAUUAGAUGAACUACAUGGAACUCUGAUUGCUUAUGAGAUGAGGAUGGUCAAGCCCAAGCCCAAGCCCAAGCCCACAGAAAAGGAAGCUGCCUUCAAAGCUUUGAAGAAAUUGAAAAUCAAUGAAGAUAGUGAACAAAAAGAUUCCGACGAUGAGUUAAUAGCUUACUUGGCUAGGAAACUCAAGAAAGGUAGAGGUAAAUACAAAGGAAAACUUCCUUUGAAGUGUUUCAAUUGUGAUGGUAUAGGGCACUUCGCUUCCAAGUAUCCAAAGAAUGAUAAAUUGAGUGAUUCUGAGGAUGAAGAUGCUCAAAAAAGCAAGUUCAAGAAAGAAAAGAAGAAGUUUAUUCCUAAAAGAAGAAACUUUAAGAAGAAAAGCUUAAUAUCAAAGAAGUGCAAGCCUUCUUCAGAGGAGUCAUCAGAGGACUAUAAUGAGUCAGAUGAUGAGUCAUCUGAGACACUAUUUAUGGCACUUGGUGAUAGAGAAGAGAGGAAGAAAAUGAAAGAUCUAGAGAUUCAGCUUGUUGAAAAGGAGAACCAGAUUAGUCAGUUAAAUAUUACAGUUGAAGAUAUGGCUAAGAUCAAUGAUGAGCUAAGUGUCAAUCUAUCAUCCAAGGCAGAAGAGUGCACUACACUUGAAGAGAAAUUGGAGAUAUUGAAGAUUGAAUUGGAAAAGAUACAUAAGAUGAAUUUACAAGAAGAAACUACACCAUCUCCUUCAAUUACUAUCUUAAAAUCCAAGGGUAAAGAAAUUAUGAUUCAAUCAGUUGAAGCAGAUACUCCAUCAUCAAGCAAAGGAAAUGAACAUAUGUUAGAUAAGAUUUUGAGUUUUCAAAGACCUCUACAUAUGAAGACUGGCCUUGGAUAUGUGGAACAUGGAUCUUCUGAAGUAGUGGAGACUAAAGGCAAAGGAACUACAGAAAUUCCAAUGAGGUUUGUCAAGGAGAAAUAG